GAGAGGGAGCAUCAGAGACAGUUAGUAAAGGCUUGAGGUAAGGAUGCACAGAGGCAUAACAGCCCUCAGAAGACACGUCAUUAAGGAAUUACACACAUGCUCUGCUUCUUGAUGGCACAGACUGUAAGCCACAGUGACCUACUCCUCUAGUCAAAGGAUUUUAAACCAAGCAAGCAGCCGGCACAAAUGACAGAGGAAUCUACUCUAAUAGAGAUGACAAGCCAGCUCACUCUUACCAGAUACAGAGACCUUCUUGCCUGAGAGGUCUUAGAAGUCUCUGCCAUCAUCAGCCUUGAAAUUGGCCAAAUUUCCAACCAUUUUGUGUGAUACAGCACAACUAUAAGCAAGCAAGUAAAUCAGUAGGGAGCUGGGACAGGAAGGGGUCAGCCAGUCGGAGGAGAGAGAUGUGGACGCAGGAGCGGUGGGCGGCACUAGCAGUGUUGUCAAUAAUCUUGCUGCUGUCAAAGGUGGUGGCUCCAAUCGAAGUUCCACUGGACCCAAAGAUCCAGGAAGAGCUGAAACAGCCCCCCACCAUUGUGAAGCAGUCACUAAAGGACUACAUUGUGGACCCCAGAGAUAUCAUCAUCAUUGAAUGCGAGGCCAAGGGGAAACCAGUGCCAACAUUUCAGUGGCGGCGGAAUGGGAAGUUCUUUAACGUUGGGAAGGACCCGCGGGUGAUCAUGAGGAGCCGUUCCGGAACACUGGAGAUCAGAAGCAGUGGGAAAUCUGAAGAUUAUGAAGGAGAGUACCAGUGCUUCGCUACCAAUGAAUUUGGCACGGCGAUUUCCAACAAAAUCCUACUACGAGUGUCAAAGUCUCCGCUUUGGCCCAAGGAGGUUUUGCAGCCUGUGGUUGUACGUGAGGGGGAACCACUUGUCCUGCCCUGCAACCCUCCUCCUGGUCUCCCACCUCCUGAAACCUUCUGGAUGGACAGCUACAUUAUGUCCAUACAACAGGACAAGAGGGUGUCGAUGGGCUUGAACGGUGACUUAUUUUUCUCCAAUGUUGUGGCCAAAGAUGCCACCACUGACUACAGUUGCACCGCUCGCUUCGAGUUCACACACACCAUUCAGCAGAAGAACCCCUACACCCUUAAAGUGAUUACAAAGGAACCUUAUAAUGACACGUUUCUCAACUCCACUGAUCUGUAUGGUGCACGCAAUGUACCAGAAACCCAGCCAACCUUCCUGUCUCCGAAGGGCUUGUCCAGCUCCAAGAUAGUGCUCCGAGGGGAACAGCUUCUUCUGGAGUGUAUAGCAGCUGGAGUCCCAACACCUACCAUUGAUUGGUUUAAAAGAGGAGCAGACCUCCCAUCCAAAAAAGUAAAGAUUGAGAAUUUCAGUAAAACUUUACGUAUCUUCAAUGUGUCCGAAGAGGACUCUGGCGACUACACCUGCAUGGCCAGUAACAAGAUCGGCAGCAUUCGCCAUUCUGUUGAAGUCCAGGUCAAAGCUGCUCCCUAUUGGCUAGAUAAGCCCACCAAUCUGGUGCUUGCCCCAGAAGAGAAUGGACGAUUAGUGUGUCGUGCCAGAGGGAACCCUAAACCCACUAUCCAAUGGCUGGUGAAUGGGGAACCUAUAGACAGUUCACAGCCAAACCCAAACGGGCAAGUUCUUGGUGACACCAUCCUGUUCCAUUCAGUUCAGAUCGGCAGCAGCGCUGUUUACCAAUGUAACGCCUCCAAUGAGCAUGGUUAUCUACUGGCCAAUGCGUUUGUCAACAUCCUGGACUUGGCGCCACGGAUGCUAGGUCCAAAGAACCAGUUGAUCAAAGUCAUUGAAAGCAACAGGACCUUCCUUGACUGCCCUUUCUUUGGCUCACCGUUCCCUGUACUGCGCUGGUUUAAGAAUGGCCUUGGCAGUGGUCUGGAUGGUGGUCAGUACAAGCUGUACCACAAUGGUACUUUGGAGAUUAAACAAGCCCGGCCAGAAGACCAAGGCACCUACACUUGUGUUGCCAGUAACAUUCUGGGCAAGAUGGAGAAUCAGGUGCGCCUGGAGGUUAAAGAGCCCACAAGAAUAAUGCAGGCACCUGAACAUGUCACACAACCCAAAGGAAGCACGGUUCGCUUUCAUUGUCGAGUUAAACAUGAUCCUUCCCUUCCUGCUACGGUCACAUGGCUGAAAGAUGACACGCCUCUAAGCUUUAGCUGGAUUGGCCGUUUUAGAAAGGAUGAGGAGUCCUUGACUAUUCACAACGUCAAUCCAGAAGAUGGAGGAACCUACACAUGCACUGCCAAAACUGAGAUAGAUGAGGACUUUGCUUCAGCUCGUCUUACAGUCACAGAAGAUGACAUCUCAUCUGCCUCAAAUCGUAGUUCCCCUGCAGGCCGACCCGACCCCCCUCAGGAUCUUGAGCUCUCGGACCCCUCAGCACGUAGUGUUAGACUCACCUGGGUGCCUGGGAAUGAAAACAACAGUCCUGUUACAGAUUUCCUUGUCCAGUUUGAAGAGGACAGGUGGGAGCCGGGGAAGUGGCAGAACCUGUCUAUAUUUGAUGGCGACCUAAACUCAGUUAACCUGCAACUCUCACCAUUUGUCAACUACCAGUUCAGAGUGGUUGCGAUCAAUGCUGUUGGCCAGAGUCAACCCAGCCUCCCUUCUGCACGCUAUCAGACCAGCGGAGCCCCUCCUGAUGUUGUGCCGAGUGGUCUUAAAGGCUGGGGAAGCAAGAAGAACAACAUGGAGAUCACAUGGCAGGCACUUAAGAACACAGAAAGGAACGGGCCAAACCUGCGAUAUGUCGUCUCAUGGAGAAGGAAAGACACUGAGGAAGAGUGGGAUAACAUAACCACAACCAGAACGAAGCACAUUAUUCAUAAUACAGACACUUAUGUCCCAUAUGAGAUUAAAAUACAGGCUGUUAAUGAUUUUGGACAAAGCCCAGAGUCCAACAUAGUCAUUGGUUAUUCUGGAGAAGACAAACCAUCUGCUGCACCAACAGAACUCAGGGUGUCGAAGAUCAACAGCACCAAAGUAAAUGUUCAUUGGGUGCCUGUGGACCCUAGCACUGUGAACGGAGAGUUUAAAGAGUACAAGUUGUACUUCUGGCGGGAGGCCAGCCUCAUAAAGGGCCUGAAAGUGAACAAGACAAAGUUGCAUAAAGGCUUCUUCACCACUGCAGAACAUCCCUCUGGCAUCCUGACAGAGCUUUUUCCAUAUAGCAAAUACAAGAUGUACAUGGUGGUGGCUAAUAAUGAAUAUGAGGGACCACAAAGCAACACUGUGGAGUUCAGCACCAAGGAGGGAGAGCCAGGGGCCCCGAAGUACUUUAGGAUUCAAAGGCACACAGACGUGGUUCACCUGCAGUGGGACAAACCCCUUGAGCCAAAUGGUGUCCUGAUUGGAUACACACUACAAUACCAUACAGUAAACGGGACGCAGGUGGGAGAGAGGAAGGUCCAGAGUUUUCUACCCAACGUGACAGAGUACAGCGUGAAUCUGCCUAACCGCUUCACGCGGUUCAAGUUCUACCUUGCAGCUCGCACACAGGUCGGAGCAGGAGAAGUGUACGCUGUGGAGUCACCACAUUUCACUAAUGAAGGCACCCCAGAUACUGACUCCACAGUUGUAGCCGUUAACUUUACAGAUGGCUUCAUGUUUGAAACUCCUCCUCCUCCUCCCCCUCCCCUCUCUACUGACCCAGUCCCAACAAUACUUACCCCAGAACCAGCCACACCAGCCCCUACAACUGCUGCUCCGCCCAAACCUACAACUACUACCACUACUACUACAACUACAACUACAACUACCACAACUACUCCAACUACUACUAGCACCACUACUACAACUGCUUCCACUACAGUUCUUCCUGUUCGGCCCAUGCCUCCUAAAACAGUGGAUUGGAAAAUGCUGGCCCCGAAUGAAAAAAUCUGGAAUCUGACCGUGGAUGCUAACAAUGACUAUGCUAACGUCAGCUGGAAGCACAACUUCUCCGUUGACAGCAGCGAGUUUGUGCUAGAGUUCACACUGGACAGUAAUGGGUCGAUGAAAAGCAUAAAAGUAAACCACCAGCCUCCGAUUAAACUGGCUGGUCUGGUGGCCGGGGCCAAGUAUCGGUUGCGGGUGUAUUCCGAUGAGCAUAACUCCAUCAGCAGCGACUAUGUCACGUUCGAGACAGGCAGAGCUUACAAGGAACAGGAAGACAUUGCUACUCAGGGCUGGUUCAUUGGGCUGAUGUGUGCCGUCGCUCUGUUGGUUCUGAUCCUGCUCAUUGUUUGUUUCAUCAAGAGGAGUCGUGGAGGAAAAUACCCAGUAAGAGAAAAGAAAGACCUCCCCUUAGAUUCUGUUGACCAUAAAGACCAAGAUGGUUCAUUUGACUAUCACAGCGACGAAGACGACAAGCCAUUACAGGCUAGCCAGACGUCCCUGGACGGGAACGUAAAAGAGAGCGACGACAGUCUGGUGGACUAUGGUGAAGGAGGAGAUGGCCAAUUCAACGAGGACGGCUCUUUCAUUGGCCAGUACACAGUUAAGAAGGACAAAGAGGAGACGGAAGGAAACGAGAGCUCAGAAGCCACGUCACCUGUUAAUGUCAUCUACUCUCUGGCAUAGUACCCUGACCGGAGCACAGCGGGCCAGGGGGAGCCACUACACGCAUAAAAAUACAUAUAUAUAUAUAUAUACACAUACAGAGAGAAUUACAAGUAUUCACAUACAACGCACUGGAGUGCAUGAUCCUUCUGAACAAGGGAUGGGGAAAGGCAGGUGCCCCACACGGACUUUAGUGUGCCUUUAGGGCGAGGGGGCAGACUUUCAAGCUUUUCAUGUGGUUUAUUCUCUUCUUUUUUAUUUUGUAAAUCUUUAAUCUGCCCCUUCCUCCUCCUCUUAACUGUAGCUAGCAUCAAAGAAACGGAAGAACAAGCACCAGACCUGUGACAUAUCAACUGUGGGUCGACCUAACUGCAGAAUGUCGGCAAAUACGUUUAUCAUAUUGAUAUUUCCGCAGUGAAUGAUCCUUUUUUUUCCCCCACCUCAGAUAGAUAUGUCCAAAAACAUGAAUUCUGUAUACAGUGCUGGCACGGUUUGAUGUGCUUUAUAAAACUAUGCACUAUUAUCAUUAUCAUGCUUUUGGGUUAUAAUUGGACAUUAGAAUCUCAUGUUUACUUUUUUGUGUUGACUUUUGCAAAGAAAAAAACACCUUCAGUCCUGGCUGUAUAUCUGUAUACAGGGACUGAUAUCAUGCUUUCAUUUGCCGUUGCUCUGUUAAUAUAUUUUCACUGGCUGCAACUAUAAAAUGCCACCAAUAUUUAUCGGCCGAGGUUAGAUGGCAUCACGUGUAAAUGAAGAAAAAAAGACAAUAUUUUGUAGCAUGGUAGUAUUUUAGUGCAAAGGACAAUGUAGAGAUUGUAAUACGAAGAGUUAAAUACACAAUUAUAUAUUCAUUUUUUUUUUUAUAAGACUUGCUUUAUAUAGUCCUCAAAAGAGAAUGAUGAUGAUUGGUUUUCAUUCUUUUUUUUUUUUCUUUUUUUUAAAUCAACUUGGUGGAAAUUUCAGCAUCAGAUAAGUUUCUUCGAGGGGUCUAAGAAAGUUUGGGAUGCAUCAUUACAUAACUGGGUUUUCAUAGGAGGAUUUCUAGACAUACAGAGUCGCUAAUGAGAAGUGUACAUGUACAUGUUUGGGGUUGAUCGAGUGUUGAUUGUCUUUGUCUGGAGUGUUUGCUGAGACACUGCCCUGAAGACAUGCCACUUUAAUUGUAGUGCCACUCUCUACCUGUGCUCUCAUAAUACUACCAUUACUUUAUCUUCUGCACUACUGUGUACUUACUGUAGGCUUCAAAAGUCUGAGGCCACACUGAAAACCUGGGAGUUUUUUAAUUGCACCUGGAAAUGAACAACAUUUUAAGAUUUUUGAAAAAAAAUAUGAUGCAUUUAAAGUCAACAUGAAAUCUAAAUUCACAAUUCUUAAAUUUUAUGCAACAAUUAAGUGUAAAAAAAAUGAAGAAAAAAAAAUGAAUAUGCCUUUUCGUAAUCAGUUCUCAAAUUACAAAAUCACCUUUGUUUUGUUCGAGAACUGUUUCACUCGGAUUACCUCAGAAUAGGAAAAAAAAACACGAUCGCCACUUCUGUUUAAUCCAACUUUAAGAUUGAAAUAAUGAGUCUCUUGUGACUCGCUACACUUCUGCAUUCAAAGAGUGUCUUGGGAUGCUCUCAAAUCCUGCUGGAGAACAUGAUCGUUUGGUUUUACACAAACGUUUUGAGCUCACACAGCUUCAUUUCUGCUGUGAUUAAAGCAAAUGUAAAAAAAAAAAGAAAAAAAAAAUACAUUAAGAAAUUCUGAAACUAAAUUGUAAUGAGAAAUGUUUAUUAAAUUACAAAACUAUGUCAGUGCAUCAAACCUUUGGACCCUUUUACAUAUUUAUCUGGAUUUUUAUUUAUAGAAAUAAUAGGGACUAAUAUAUUAAUAAUUUAUUGAUGACUGCACAACAGCUUCUCAGAGUCUGAGCUGUGAUGUUAGCACAUUGUGGAUGCUUCUCUGUGUAAACUUCAGAGAUCAAGGACAAUGUUUGUGGCGAUGUAAAAUGUGAUAUGUGAUGUCACCAUUAAAAAGAGUAUGUCUUAUUUGUUAAUUGUGCCUCUCUUUUAGUAUUAAUGUCAUAUCACUGCUAUUUAAUGGAAGUUCUACAUCCUGUACCAUAAAAUGGAAAUGUUGUGCAUUUAUUUUUCUCCAAUAAGGCCUCAAUCAUGAUGUAAAUAUCCUCUUUUCUUUAUGCGCAAGUUUAUUGUGUUACAAUAAGUAAUUAAAAUGCUUUUUUGGUGCAUCCCAAAAUGGAAGACUCCAGGCACAGGUUUGAAUUCGGGUUCUGCCGGUGAUCUUAGGCUAUUGAAUGAGACUUGUUUUUGUGUCUUGUCAUUGCAAUUGUGACAUAGUUCGGCACUCACAUCUUGAUUUCGCCCGGCUGACACCAUGAUGUAAAAAGCUGUACCAUUGUAGCAUUCUGCACUGAGGAUGAUACCUUUUUUGUAAACAUUUGAAUUGUGUUAUGCCAGAGAAAAUGGUUUGUCAUUUCCUGUUCAUGUGUUACUUCACCACAGGCUCCCAUAAUGCCUUUCACAUGUGACACGGCCCAGCUGAUCUAUCAUGCUCUUUGAAAAGGCUGAAUAUCAGGUCGUGAGUUCCUGACAGGGAUGCAGUGUCAUAUACGAUGCCUUUGCAGGAAAGAUAUAGAUGUUAAUGAAAUUCAAUGGACCCAUCAGAUCUGCUUUCUCUCCAGUACCUUAAAGCAAUACUUUCCUCGUUUGCCUUUCUCUGUUCUGUGUUCUGCACAGUAAGCCUAGUCUACCAGUUUUUGUAGCGACCUACAAGCACAGACAACUCUUUAGAUCACACGUUGCUUUGCUGUAGCUUUAGGAGUCACACAGUUUAACAUCAAGGCAAAUCAGAGUCAGCUUGAACUUAUUUUGUCCAACCUUGCCUUGAAAUUCUGCUGCCACUUUUAUUGUCUUCACAGAUUGUUCCCCUGUCCAUGAGUUGAACUGGGCUCGUGAUGUUCAAAAAAUAUAUACAACUAUAUAUUUGUUGGUAAACUGCUAAUUCUGUCUUUCUCCCAAUCAUCUGUGUUCUUGUGAACUGCUAACAUGCUAGUCACCAUAAAACAAAAAGUAAACAAUAAUUGCCACCGCUGUUCUCAUGACACAUACAUUGAUUAUUAUUGUCAUCCUUCUUGUAUUUUGAGCCAUUUGUGCAUCGGAGCAGCUUUUUUUUAAUUGCUUAUCAUGCAGGUUAACACUUUAUUCUGCAAAUCUGGGCAUAGAAAUGGUCAAUCAUUAUUGUAUGCGUGUAUGAUGAGAUGCUGCAACUUAAUCUGCUUGAGACGCCUUUGUUUAUAGUAAAGCUGUGUCAUUUUCUCAAA